GCGCUUUGUUAGGGGCACAUGCAGCCGGGAGAAGCGGUGUUCGUGUUAUUUAGAAGCUAGGAUAUGGGUUUCAGACGGAAAUACGCGUAUACCAAAUUGCUUGAGUUUUUAUACUUAGUGUAGUAAUAUUCAUAUAAUUCCAACAGUGCGCCGCGGUGCAGGUUAAAGCAGGGCCCUGGAUCAGCGGUAACAGCCUGGGAGUUUCCUGCUCUACCGACGCGGACGCUGUUGCUCCACGGUGGGAGAGAAGAGAGAUUGCACCUUGGAAACGGUGCCUGCCCUCCUCCGGGAGAGCGCUUCUCCGGGCUAGAGGAGGACACUUUCCGUCCUCUGUCCGAGGCUCCCCAGAUGAGUUCCCGCGUGUGCAAGAACUGUGGGUGCACAGACAUCGAUAUCGACCAGGCCCGGGGCGAUGCGGUGUGUACGGGCUGUGGGUCUGUGCUGGAAGACAACAUCAUUGUGUCUGAAGUCCAGUUCGUGGAGAACAGUGGCGGAGGGUCGUCAGCUGUCGGCCAGUUCGUCUCCUCCGAUGGUUCCGGGAAGGCGCCAGUCCUGGGAACAGGGUUCCACACUAGUCUGGGGAAGGAGUCCAGAGCACAGACUUUACAGAACGGAAAACGGCAGAUCCACAACCUGGGGCACCAGCUGCAGCUGAAUCAGCAUUGCAUGGACACGGCCUUCAACUUCUUCAAGAUGGCCGUGAGCAAGCACCUGACGCGUGGCCGGAAGAUGAUGCACGUGAUCGCGGCCUGCCUCUACCUGGUGUGCAGGACAGAGGGCACUCCGCAUAUGCUUCUUGACCUCAGUGAUCUUUUGCAGGUGAAUGUGUACGUUUUAGGAAAAACAUUCCUUCUGCUGGCCAGAGAGCUCUGCAUUAAUGCUCCAGCAAUAGACCCCUGCCUGUAUAUCCCCCGGUUCGCCCACAUGCUGGAGUUCGGCGACAAGAACCACGAGGUGUCCAUGACCGCGCUCCGGCUCCUCCAGAGGAUGAAGAGGGACUGGAUGCACACGGGGCGCAGGCCGUCGGGGCUGUGUGGUGCAGCCCUCCUCGUUGCUGCCAGGAUGCAUGAUUUCCGUCGCACAGUUAAAGAAGUCAUAGGAGUGGUCAAAGUCUGUGAGGCCACACUACGAAAGAGGCUAACGGAAUUUGAAGAUACUCCUACAAGCCAGCUAACCAUCAGUGAGUUCAUGAAGGUAGACCUGGAGCAGGAAUGUGAUCCUCCUUCAUUUACGGCCGGACAGAGAAAAGUUAAACUCCAGCAGCUUGAGCAUGAACUGGCGAAGAAACUAGAUGAAGUGGAAGGUGAAAUAUCAGGUUACCAAGAUGAAAUUGAGACAGAACUUGAGAACAGCCGUCCCAGGUUGAAAGGGCUCUACGCAUCAUAUGCGAAGGAAGACAUCCAGGACGACAGCCUCUCGCUGGCCUCCAGCAGCCUCGCCGGGGACGACGAGCGCGACGACGAGGAGCUGGAGGCGGCGGCGCAGCACCUGAGCAAGGACUUCUGCCACGAGGUGCUCCCGCAGUCCGGCGGGCCGGGCGCUGGGGGCGAGCCGGGCCAGGCCUCGCCCGCCAAGCAGCCGCUGCCCCUCGCCACGCUGCUGGGCCCGCUGCCCACCGCCGCCAGCCUGGGCCUCACAGAGUCCCUCAGGGAGUGCAUCGCCACCGCGAACGAGAACGAUGGAAAUCCUGAAAAUGGGGAAUUAGAUCUGAAUGGUAUUGAUGAUGAUGAAAUUGAUCGGUAUAUCCUAAAUGAAACAGAAGUAAAAAUUAAGACGGAGCUUUGGACAAGGGAGAAUUCUGACUACUUAAAAGAACAGAAAGAAAAGGAAGAAAGGAUAGCAAAAGAGAAAGAGCUUGGGAUCUAUAAGGAACAAAAGCCCAAGAGAUCCUUGAAGAAACGGGAGCCCAUCCGAGCCAGCACGGCUGGGGAGGCCAUCGAGAAGAUGCUGGAGCAGAAGAAGAUCUCCAGCAAGAUCAACUAUGACGUCCUGAGAGACCUCAACAGCAAAGGAAGCGGCUCCAGCCCAUCGAAGCGGCAGGAAGACAGUGGAGACAACGGUACCGGAGCCAAGAAAACCAGCAGCCACAGGAAAACCACAAGCACCAGCCGUGCCCUGGCCACCCCAGUGAGCAGCGUGGGGAAAAGGUUACAGCCGUUGAUUUCAGCUCAGCCAUGCAAGAAACGUGCAACUGAACAGACUGCGUGUAGCAGCAACCCCCCUGCGCCCUCUGACCCCUCACAACCGGUGGUGGUGGAGAGCGGCCCGGUCCAGUACACGGAGGAGGAUGUGGAGGAAGAGGAGGAGGAGGAGGAAGAGCCCUGUGUCAGUGCCCUGGAGCUCAUGGGGGCCAAUGAUUAUGGCUAUGAAGUGGAUGAUGAAGAUGGAUAUUAGUGACGUUUUGUCUUCUCUGUGGAUGUGUAAUACUCUUCUGCUGCUUGGAAAGCUCAGUAGAUCUUGAGCUCAAAGGAAUGAGCACCAUGAAACCAAAGGAACCUUUAAUCUGAACUCCACAGACUGCGAAUGUUAAAGGGAAUUUGGAGGCCGGAUCUCAAGAGACUGAAAAGGAGGGUACAGCUACACUCACCAAUGUCAGGAUCUCAUACUUGAAAUAAAUAGUCUAGAAUAACUUGAAUUAAACUUCAUAUCUCAUAACAGCCAGUGCAGCAGAAGUUGAAUCCUUAGGGACUGUUUUUUUAAGGAAAUGGGAUGGGAAGGCAUGGCUCCACGAUCAAAGCAGGAGCAGUAUUAAUUCCUCAUGAAUCUUAAAGACUGUGUGCUGACAGUGUUAAUCAAGAUAACGGCAGAAUAAAUAAAUUAGUAAGUAACCCAGCCAUGUUUAAUUAGCGAGGAGAAGGGAUUCUGGAGUCGAAUACGCAGGAGUGAUUAACAACCUUUCACUGUAUGAAACUUCAACAUUCUGCAUUUUGCUGUUUUGAAUAAUGUAUAUUUAACAUGAAAAGGACACAAAAAGAAAUUGAACCUCCUGUGAAGAAAUGUUAUUGAAAUGAUAUGAACGGGUGUGUUUCAGCCCGCGGAAGACGAUCAUGUGCAGCCCGGAUAAAAACAGCAAAGGGCUUCCCUGCGGUGUUUUGUUUAGACAGGGCAGAAAAAUGACACUGUAUCGCCCACCUUGUGCUAUGAAUUUUAUAGAUUGACUGGCAUCAGUCCAUUGUGACUGUUUCUGGUAAAAACAGCAGUGUAACAGGCUGUGUGGUGCUGUGUACACCCUUGUCCUCCAUAGAGAUACUGCUAGAAGCCUGUCUGGAUGGAUGCAGAUACUGGAUUCCCUGUGGGAUCAGAGCUCAUGCCCUGCCUCUCUGUUGUCUUGCACAUUUCACUGCAGUGAGAACAUUAUCCCAAUUUCACUUGUGCAUCUUCAUAAUACCAGUUAUUCAGCUAAAAUUAUUUAAGUUACUUAGAACCACUAAAAGGCUAAACUAUAACCCUACAAAUACCUUAUUACCUAAGGUUUCAUGCAACUGUUGAAAUGUUUAGGUGUUUGAUGAAUAAUUCUAGUGGAUAUAUAAAUGGAAUAUCCGUCCUCCAGUGAAGGUUUAUGGGCAUGAAGAACCUCAGUUUGAAUGACAAGUACAUUUUGCUCACUAAAUUCUCACUGCUGUCAGAGUAAGAAUCUUGAGAAUGUACUAAACACACAUUUGAAUAUAGACUGCAUUACAGUAAGUGAAGCUGUGUAACCAGACUACAUCACAGCCUUACAUUUUUUUAAUUUUAAAAUGAAAACAGCUUCAGUUUUGGCCUGAAUAUAUAAUUCUAGUUGAUUUCAAUCAAUAGUUCAAGAUUUGGUUCAACUGAAAUACUGAGCUUUUCCUCACUGCAGUGUAUUAAUUUUUGGUGUUUAAGAAACCGCAUAAUUAUUAUAAGAGUAAUGAUGUAACUGAGAAAUCUAUUUUACUGUGUAAUUAUUUUUGUAACAAAAACUCACAAGCAGCAGGACCGAAAAUGCUGUAAAGUUGUUGGUGUACAGAUUGUACAGAAAUACUUAUGUAUAUAUUGAAUAUGUAAUUGUGGGCAAAUAGUAAGUGUAAAUCUAUGAAUCAUGCUUUCAUGUCAGUUGUAGUUGAAAUUAAAUAUUUGCCAGUUAAACAAAAAAAA